AUGUGGCAACUCCAAAGGCUAUGUGCCAAGCGCAUUCUGAGCCGGGGUAUCCCUGCAUCUGCCUGUCGAGAAUAUCUUUAUGGCCCAAACACGAAUAUUCUUUCCAGAAAGUUCACUAUAUCGCCCCGGCGGUACUCAACAGUGUCAGAUGGCUCACAACAAUGGCCCGUUGAUUUCGUUCCAACCCGUCUGGAGUUAAAAUCGCAUCCACUUGGAUGGGAGGUCCUUCAGAAAAGAGUGGAACCAUAUUUUUCGCAAAACUGGAAAUUUACAAGCGAGAGAGAGAAGGAGGGAUUCUUUGCUUUAGGAUUCUCUCGUGCUCUCAAUGAAUGGUUCCCGCUCAUGCUAGAUGAUCGCGCUGAAUUGACGGGGAAAAUGCAUUACUUGGGCCUACUGGUUGAUGACCAACUUGAUAAGAUGGAGAUGUCAGACCUGCUGCAGUACCGAGAGCGAGUAAUGGCAAUAGCACGCGGCGAAUUAUCUCCCAAUAGAGAUUCAUGCCUGGAAUGGAUGCUACAUGAUACACUAACUUCUAUGCGAAGCAUUGAUGAGGUGCUGGCGAAUGACGUUAUUGAGGGGUUUUGUGCUCUUCUACAAGGUCAAACAACCGAGAAUCGCCUGACAGUGAAGCAUUUGGGUCCCUAUCUUGAAUAUAGAGAGGUCGAUGUUGGAAGACCAUUUAGUGCGAAUUUACAUCUAACCUCAGCCGAAAUUGAACAGGCUUCUGCUCUUGAAAGCAGCGCUUUUAGGUUCAUUGGUGUUUUCAAUGAUGUCUAUAGUUGGGAGAAAGAAUGGAAGACCUACCAAGAGAACAAGACUGACGGAGCACAUCCAUUCUCUGCGAUCUUCAUACUGGCAAAAGAGACGGGCUUAUCAUACUCAGCUUGCAAGAGAAUGAUGCUCGUUUACUGCCGGGAGCUGGAGCUAGCCUUCAAACGGUUCGAGGAAGAAAUACGCCAGAGUAGUCCGCAUCUCCGACCAGAGAUGAUCAAAUACAUUAGGGGUCUGGAGUAUCUAAUGAGUGGAGUUGAAUCAUGGACAAAAUGGACACCGCGGUAUCAAACAUAG